AAAACUAUGAUCCAGACUGUCAUCAGUAAACAAGAAACUAUCAACCUGGUGGUUGUUCCAUGCAAUGUGGACAUUGCAACUACAGAGGCUUUGAAUAUGGCUAAGCUGGUGGAUCCUGAUGGAGAGAGGACUUUGGGUGUCUUGACUAAACCUGACCUGGUGGACAAAGGCACAGAAGAGAACGUGGUUAAAAUUGUCCAUAAUGAAGUCAUCCCACUGAAGAAGGGCUACAUGGUGGUCAAAUGCAGGGGUCAGAAGGAGAUCACAGAGAAUGUGUCACUUUCUGAAGCCCUAAAAAAUGAGGAAGCCUUCUUCAAAGAGCAUGCCCAUUUCCAGACUCUCUUUGAUGAGGGUCAGGCCACUGUUCCUAACCUGGCAGAAAAACUCACUCUUGAACUGGUGCAUCAUAUUCAGAAAUCUCUGCCACGGCUUGAUGAGCAGACACAGAAGAAAGUGGAACAGACUCAGGAAAACCUAAAAAAAUUAAGGACUGGACCCCCAUCUGAUGCAACUAAGAGACAAAAGUUUCUCAGUGAUCUUGUGUUAGCAUUCGCACAGGAUGCUAUCAGUCUCACCAAAGGUGAAGAAUUAAAAUGUGGAUACAACUCCAGCAUCUUUUUCACACUCAGAAAUAAGUUUGAAGCAUGGGAGAAAAUCAUAAAAGACUCUGGAUCAUCAUUCAUAGAGCACACUCUGAGAGAAGAGUCUCAGUUUGAACGCAUGUACCGUGGAAGAGAACUGCCAUUGUUUGUGAGCUACAGUACUUUUGAGUCCAUAAUCCAGAAGCAGAUCAAACAGCUGGAGGAGCCUGCUAUCCAGAAACUCAAGGAAGUGUCAGAGGUUGUGAGGAAAGAGCUGUUUGAAUUGGCACAAAACAGCUUUGUGGGCUUUCCCAACCUCAUCAAUACAGCGAAGAUGAACAUUGAAACCAUCAUGAAAGAAAGGGAAGAGGAAGCAAAGUCCAUUCUGGGGAUGCAGUUUAAGAUGGAGAUGCUUGUUUACACUCAGGACAGCAAAUACAUCACAGAGAUACGAAAUGAAAUUGCCAAAAAAGGCCAGUUGUACUUCGGUGGGAUGACCUCAGAGGAGAUGAUGAGACAUUUUGAAGCAUAUUACACAGUGAGCUCUUUAGUACAUCUGGUUUUUGUCCCCCUGGUGAUCCGGUAUCAGAUGCUGCAGGAGUUUGCCAGCGAGCUGCAGAGUAAGAUGCUGGACACAUUUACGGACAAGGAGAGAAAAGAGUACCUGCUUCAAGAGGAUAGUGGCACAAAAAAUAAAAGAGAAGAUCUUAAGAUGCGCCAUGAGCGUCUCUCACGAGCUCACAUUCUGCUGUCUGAAUUCAGUAGGAACACAACUUUAACUGAAGUCAACAACUUCAACUCAAUGGAAAAUUUUCUACCAAAUUUCUAA